UUCAAAGCGCAUUUCUGAUUUAUUUGUAGAUUUGCAUUACACAGAGAAUUAGGUAUAUAUAAAGGUUUGCAUGUGCGAAAAGGAGAUUACAUAUAUAGUGAAGUCAACAACACAUACAUAUCAUAUUGCACGUAGAUAUUUUUACGGUGUCAAGGCUACAGAUAAUGAGAGAACUGGGGCCAUAUGCCAACUUUUAGGCCUGGCGCUGUCUGUGAUGUUGAUCAGGACCUCGACAUCUUUUGCACUUCGUGAUGUUUAUAAGCUUAUCUCGAUAAUGGAGUAAGGGAUGUAAAUAUAUGACUUGCACCAAUUUUUACACAAUCAUUCAAAAAAUCCAAUAGAUCUUUAAUAAUUUAUGUAAAAUAAAUAAUGUUAAACAUAGCGUGAUACGCAGAAACUUCCAGAACCGAAAACAAAAAUAUGUGCACAACAUAAUUAAAGUCGCACGUAAUUAAGUGAGAGUGUAAGUAUUCAUGAUUUUGUAUCUCAUGCACCAUACAUAAAAUGAAGCAGUACGUAUACUGUCUCUCUUUGGCCACAAAUUGGUUUACAAAUCUAUAUUCUAUAUAGUACUUAUUUUAAGUUAUUUAGGACACAUGUAUGCUGGCAAAAAUAACAGCGAGUGCCGACUGAGAAUAAAGCAAACGAUACGCACGGCAUUUAAAAAUUAUUUUGAUGUAUUACUGUGAAAUACAGAAAUACUGCAACAUCACAAUAAAGGGUACAUGUUCAUGUCUUGUGAAACCGUGCAAUAAAUAUGUACAGUUUGUAUUGAUUGGAAGUGUUGGAUCACGGAUGUAUAUAUCUCAGACUCAGAUGUGGUCGUAACUUGAAAGGAUUUGUGUUGCUGCUGUGUCGUCACUCUUGUAAAUGGCGAUGUAAAGUACACAAAAACCUACCUGCAUGCAGAUGCUCAACUACUGGCUGUAUGAGCACUGACUGGAGGUAUGCUGAGCUAGCAUGACAUACGUGUAAAGCUGAGGUACGGGGAGGGAGUAGGUCCACUGAGUGGGAGAGAGAAGUUGGGAACUGAUACACACAUGAUGCAACCAUCAGCGGUGUGCAGGGUCAGACAACUCCCAAACUAUAGAGGCAAGCACAUGUCCCUAGUGGCGCACUCACAAGCAUUUAAAGAAAAAGAUGUCUGGGUACCUGACUUUACAAAGGGUUGGGGAAGGCAGUCCAAGGACAGGGAGAGAAGCUAGGAGCUGCCUUCACAAAUGAAAGCCUUCCCCACCUCGCUUCCCAAACAACCUUAAAAACCAGUCAGAGAACGACCUUUACCUUACCAUCUGCAGAAGAAAUUCUCCACUUCUCAUCUUUUCAUUUUUUUAGAAAAAUGAGCAUCACAAAAACAAAAAAUUUCAUUAUACAUUUCCAAGCUUGAUGUUGUUCUUGACGCUUGAGUUGGGCACAACACAAGACACCACCAGCCGCGUAGACCAGGCCAGAACUGUUGUUGAACUGUUAAACAUGUGCAUAGAUGGUCGAAAUCACAAAUCUCAGCCAGGAGAAGAAUCAUCCUUGAUGUCAUUUUGCUCCCCAUGGAAGAAGAGAUCAUGCUGUACUCAAGAAAUAGCAGAAAGAAUGCAUCUUGAUAGAAACUGGCUUAACUUUGACUGGAAUCACUGUGGUGAGCUGUCACCAUCAUGCCGGGAGUUCUUCGUUAAAGACCUCUGCUUCUAUGAGUGCUCACCAAAUCUGGGACCUUGGAUUGUACCUGACCGCCGUAAAAUUCGCAGUGAGCGAUUUGUUGGUGUGCCUUUGUGUCAGACUGAAUGCAACAACUGGUGGAGUGCCUGUAAAAAUGAUUAUACAUGUUUGGACAACUGGGCAAACAACUUUAAUUGGAGCACAGGAAUCAACACCUGUCCAACUGGAAGAACGUGUCAAAAAUUUACAAAUAUUUUUGGAACAGCAGAACGGUUCUGCCAAGGAGUGUGGAACGACAGCUUUAAAGUGGUUCCAGAUGGAGAUGAUUGCUUCAGACUUUGGUUUUCAGCAGAUGAGCCCAAUCCAAAUGAUGCUGUUGCAAGAAAGUAUGCAGAACAACUGUUAGGUACAAGUCACAGUGCCCACUUCAGGAGUGGGGGAAAUCUAAUUUUGUUUGCAUUGUUUUUAUGUUGGUUCCUAGAUUGGUGAUAAUUAACAGGGAUCAGUCUGUUUUCUUUUUAGUGUUUUUUUUUUAAUGUAGCAUUAACUCCAAGCACUACUCAGACUGGGAAUUUUAUGUAAAAACAGUUAACUACGAGUGUUUCUCGGGCUUGGAAUUGUUUAUAAAAAUGGUUGACUCAAAGCAUCACUCAAGGUAAUCUAACUUGAUUCAAGAUGCAGUAUUACACCGUUUGUGAAUAAAAUCAGGUUAAAAUGAAAGGGUUGGUGUUUGUGGAAGAUCUGACAUAAUUAUUUUCAGCAUUUGUUUGAACACUCACUUUUACAAUAUCAAUUUCAAACUAUAGUUGUAUUAUCUUGCCAGCAUCAAGUGCUUGGCGAGAAUCAAGAAUGACUACAUAAAGAGGUUAUAUAAUCCAGAACUAGGGGUAUUUUUUAGGGAAAUCUGUUCUGCCACAAACUGGUCAGAGGAAGGGUUGGCAAGAUAAGUUCAGACUUGUGUGCACAGCAUAAGAAACAUGCUUAUUGUAACAGAUCAGUAAGAUCUUAUGGGUUUUUUUUUUCAUUCAUGCUUAAGUUUAAUGUACAGAUAAAUGCUCAGGCCAUUGGUAUAUUAUGGCCACAUUCCAUUUUCUGUGUAAAUUUUGUCACAAAUGAACUCGACUCACAAUGUCAGAGAUCCUUCACUUCAUGAUGUUGAAAUUGUAAAAAAACUUUAACGUUAAUGUUAUAUAUCAUGAUUAAAUUUUUGUUUCAAGGAGGAUUUUGAAUGUUGAUCUUUUCUGAUUUCUUGGUUUUGAAGAGGAGCAGGCUCUAUCCCAGAUGUUAAUAAUCUUUGCACUUUAUAUGAAUCAACUGUGAAAAUGCAAACUGCUGUCAGUGGGAUUUUAUUUCUUGUAGCAGUAAAUAUGCAUAUGAUCGACUCUACUCCCCAAAAAAGUCAAUAAAAGUGAUGGGUGCAUUUUGCUCACACUUUGGUUAAACUUCAAAUUAACUUGUAGAUUCUCUGAAACACCAGUUUAAAAAUUGCUUAUUGGAGACAAUUUGCACUGUAUGCUGUAUAUAUGCACAUCCAUAUUUUCAUAGGUGCUUGAGUGGUUUGUCUUAUUGAGUUAAUAGGGAAAUGUUGGUUUUAGAAGUUCACGAGGUUUGUAGUUUGUGCAUGGUUUGUCAGUAUUUUUACUGCUUUCGUUUGUUCUCAACAUAUCAACAACAGAUUUAUAUUUUGGCAUUGCAGAGUUAUCCUAUGCAUUUGAAAAUUCACAUUAUUUUCACUUUCCCUUGAUGUGCAGCGACACAGGUGAAUAUGAUUGUCUUUAGAAUGGUCAAUCAUAUAUGCUUAAUAGGUAGGCAACAAUACAACAAAGUGUAAGCAAAUUUGCCAUGUAGCAUUGCAGGACCUGUAUAUCUCAAGACUUCCCAAUCAUUGCUAAAUAAACGUAAAUAUUGAAGAUUUUUGAAACGUGAUUUUUUUUCUCUUCAACUUAAUUUCAAACUUAAAAAAUGGUUAUUAGAGUGCAUGUAAUUUUAUUGGACAAUAUGGAUUUUCACAACAAAGUAUAAUUGCAUGGUAUUUACUGUAACAUUUAAUCUGGACAAAGAAUUGUUUGAUGUGGUUGUGGUUAAACUUCCAAGCAUAAGUGUGAUGUAAAAAUUUAGUUUUUUUUUUCAUUAUCUUUUUGAAGAUGAUGCUGGAAAGAGGAAAGAUUCUUUUUCUUUUGUUAGUAUACAAGAAUGGUUCAUUAACUCACACUAUAUGGCUCCCUCAAUUUCAAAAUUCUUUCCUCGCCCACUAUAAAAUACCACUUAGUUUAUUUUAAAACUUUACAUUAAAAUUAUUUUAUUGCUUUAAGGGUACUUAAAAGUUUAUAUAAUUGUAUUUUAAAAUAUUUAAGUUAACUUAGAGAAAGAUGAGACAAAAAAAAUUGUGUGGCUUCCUUCCUUUUUGCCAUUAUACACAUGGAUUGUGAGCAGCUGUUUUCUUUCUUUACUGGAUAAAUCUAUUUUGAAUAUGAAGCUGAAUGUUUUAAGUCCUUCCUUGUUUCCAAUGGAAGAGAUAACUAGGAAGAUGGAGAUAAUGAAAUUGUCUAAACCAUGCAAUCACUUGUCAUGACUAAGAAACGUAAGCCGAACUUUAUGAUCGGUACAGCGAUUAUUUAGAACGUCUCAGAGUACUUUUACAAAGAACACAUCAUUUCUAUUGUGGUUGCUUUUCUAUAAUUGUUAUUAAAUUUGGAUUUUUUUUUUUAGUGUAUUUUGUUGGAAUGUUUUGCGUGUCAUCUUGAUUUUCAAAUGCAUCCUUUGUGCAGCAUUAUUAUGUAGAGAAGGUUAAUUUUUAAAAGUUAAUAAAGGAACAAAAUUUAACUAUUCUGUAAAAAAAAUUUAAUACUCAUUUAAAAUAUUAGAAAUUCUUUGAUUUAAGACAGGAGAUGUUUUCCUUCAUAUUCUUUUAGUUUGGUAUAGAACCGGCAUACUUUUCUAAUACAUUUGCAUUAGAUAAGCGAGUUUUUGUAACCCAACCCAAAACAAAGUAACUGACCACCCUAAAAUCAAUCAGUUGUCCCUUCACCGGCACCUGUUGUUGACUUGACUGUUGAAAGUAGAUAGAGGUUAGCACCCUAAAGGCCCCACAACAUAAGAGCUCAUGACAUCUGCUAACAAAUUAAGAGCAAUAAACAAAACUGAACUGUACUAUACAGUCAUAAUAAACAUCAGAGUAUUUUCAUUA